GCUCCCACAAAGCGGAAUAUCGCCGUUGGAAUGGAAUGACACCUUCCCUCCUGGAGGCUUCAGAAACAACGAUGGCACCCCGAUUUGCGAAGUGGAUCGGUCUCACCUCUCUGCUCUGCCUCUGCCUGGGCUGCUGUGCUCUGGCGGAAAGGAAAGUAUGCCAAGGCAUCACCAACCGGCUGAACCUUCUGGGAUCCAAAGAGGACCACUACAUGAACAUGGUGAAGACGUACAGCAACUGCACGGUGGUCCUGGAGAACCUGGAGAUCACCUACAUGGAGGAUCACCGUGACAUGUCCUUCCUCAGUUCUAUCGAAGAAGUGGGCGGCUACGUACUGAUCGCACUCAACACGGCAUCCAGGAUUUCUCUGGAGAAUCUACGCAUCAUUCGUGGUCACACGCUUUACGAGAGGAAUUUCGCCCUCGCUGUUCUUUCCAACAUCGACAAACCGACAGGUCAGGCCACCAACGAGCUCCUCCUGCCCAGCCUGACAGAAAUUCUUAAAGGGGGAGUGAAGUUUGGAAUCCACCGAUUGUGCAAUGUAGAAACAAUACAGUGGUGGGACAUUGUCAACGCUGAGAGCAAACCUGUCAUGGAGCUCCCAGUGGCAAGCAACAAUCCAAGCUGUAGAAAAUGUGACUCAAGCUGCUUCAAUGGUUCAUGCUGGGCACCUGGUCCUGGAAACUGUCAGACCUUAACAAAGCUGAACUGUGCUCAGCAGUGCUCUAAGAGGUGCAAAGGGCCUUCACCCAGCGACUGCUGUAAUGAGCACUGUGCUGCAGGCUGCACUGGACCGCGGCCCACCGACUGUCUGGCCUGCCGGGACUUCCAGGACGACGGGGUGUGUAAGGACUCCUGCCCCGGCCUCAUGCGCUACGAUCCCAACUUGCACCAGCUCGUACCCAACCCGCACGGGAAGUACAACUUCGGGGCCACCUGUGUCAAGAGCUGCCCGCAUAACUAUGUGGUGACUGAUCACGGAGCGUGUGUGCGGACGUGCAGCGGGAACACAUACGAGGUGGACGAGGGAGGAAUCAGGAAGUGCGCCAAGUGUGACGGAUUGUGCCCGAAAGUGUGUAAUGGACUUGGCACGGGAGACCUGAUGCACACUCUGUCUAUCAAUGCCACCAACAUUGACUCCUUUAAAAACUGCACAACAAUCAGUGGUAACAUCGCCAUCAUCCACACGUCGAUUCACGGGGAUGCAUAUACCAAAACACCAAAGAUGCAGCCUUCCCAGCUUGAGGUGUUUAAGACAGUUAAAGAAAUUACUGGAUAUUUGUGGAUUCAAACGUGGCCAGAGAGCAUGAGCUCACUCAGUCCCUUCGAGAAUCUGGAGAUCAUUCGAGGACGAACUAAGCGUGGCAGUCGCAGUGUGGCUAUGGCUCAGCUUAGUAUCACCUCGCUGGGCCUUCGCUCCCUCAAAGAAAUCAGUGAUGGAGACGUGAUCAUCGUGAAGAACCAGAACCUGUGCUACACUGACAAAAAGCACUGGAUGAGGCUCUUCAAAUCAGCGAGCCAGAGUGUCACCUUAGAGGAAAAUGCUGAUUCUGCCACAUGUGCUUUGAGGAACAACACUUGUGACAGGAAGUGCACCGCAGAGGGCUGCUGGGGCCCCGGCCCGGACAUGUGUUUCGCGUGCCGUGACUUCAGCCGUGAUGGGAGCUGUGUUGACUCCUGCAACAUCCUGGAGGGAGAGCCACGGGAGGCCGUCAUGAACAAAACCUGCAUGGAGUGCCACCCCGAGUGUCAGCGCAUGAAUGUGACUGCAACCUGUAGUGCGCCCGGUUCUGGAAACUGUACGAAGUGUGCCAACUUCCAGGAUGGACUGUUCUGCGUGUCUCGCUGUCCCCAAGGCGUGCCAGGCGAGGACGACGCGCUGGUGUGGAAAUACGCAGACGAGAUGAAAGUGUGCCAGCUAUGCCACAAGAACUGCACUCAAGGGUGCAAUGCGCCCGGUCUUGAAGGCUGCCAGACUAUAAGAACCUCUGGUCUUUCCAUGAUUGCGGCUGGCGUGGUCGGCGGACUGCUGGCCGUUCUUAUUGCGGGCCUGUCUGUCUUUGUGCUGCUACGCCGGCGCCACAUCAAGAGGAAGAGAACAAUGCGCAGACUCCUCCAGGAGAGAGAGUUGGUUGAACCUUUGACUCCCAGUGGGGAGGCGCCAAACCAGGCUCUGCUGCGGAUCCUGAAAGAACCUGAAUUCAAGAAAAUCAAAGUGCUUGGAUCUGGAGCUUUUGGUACAGUUUAUAAGGGCCUGUGGGUUCCAGAGGGAGAGGAUGUGAAGAUCCCAGUGGCCAUCAAGGUUUUGAGAGAGGCCACAUCACCAAAAGCAAAUAAAGAGAUCUUGGACGAGGCUUAUGUGAUGGCCAGCGUGGAACACCCCCAUGUGUGCCGUCUGCUUGGCAUCUGCCUGACCUCCACAGUGCAGCUCGUCACCCAGCUGAUGCCCUACGGCUGCCUGCUGGACUACGUCAAAGAGAACAAGGACAAUAUCGGCUCCCAGUACCUGCUCAACUGGUGUGUGCAGAUAGCCAAGGGUAUGAACUACCUGGAAGAGCGCCACCUGGUACACCGUGACUUGGCAGCGAGGAAUGUCCUGGUGAAGACUCCUCAACAUGUCAAGAUCACUGAUUUUGGUCUGGCCAAACUCCUCAACGCAGAUGAGAAGGAGUACCACGCAGACGGUGGAAAGGUACCAAUAAAAUGGAUGGCUCUCGAAUCUAUCCUGAACAGAACAUACACACACCAGAGUGAUGUAUGGAGUUAUGGCGUAACAGUCUGGGAGCUGAUGACAUUUGGUACCAAACCGUAUGAUGGGAUACCGGCCAGCGAAAUAGCCGGAGUCCUGGAGAAGGGAGAGCGUCUGCCUCAGCCACCAAUCUGCACCAUAGAUGUCUACAUGAUCAUGGUGAAAUGCUGGAUGAUCGAUGCGGACAGUCGACCUCGUUUCCGAGAACUCAUAGCAGAGUUUACCAAGAUGGCUCGGGAUCCUCCUCGUUAUCUGGUCAUUCAGGGUGAUGACCGCAUGCACCUGCCGAGUCCCUCGGACGCCAAAUUGUACCGCAGCCUGAUCAGCGGGGAGGACAUGGAGGACGCGGUGGAUGCAGACGAGUACCUGGUGCCACAUCACGGCUUCUUCAGCAGCCCGAGCUCCUCCCAGACCCCGCUGCUGCACUCCACAAGCCUUAACAGCAGCAUCGGAACGUGCCACAGCAGAAAUGGCUUGCUGAAUGGAUUGGCGAGCAGAGACGGAAGCAUCGUUCUCCGGUAUAUUCCUGACCCCACCGACAAACUUUUUGACGACGCCUUCCAGCCAGCUCCAGACUACAUGAACCAAAACGGCGUCUCAGAUGUGAUGAAUCCCAUCUACCAGCACCCUGGUCCACCCCGCACCAUCCUCCCCACCAUCUCCUCAGAUGACACAGAAACUGAGUACCUGAACUGCUUUAAAAACGGGACCAGCGGACCCGAGUACCUCAACGAGGUCCAGUCUCCCGCGAUCCUCCCGCUCACCUCCAACGGCACGGUGCACGGCGGUCAGAAAUAUCAACCCCAGAACAGCAUAGACAACCCUGAUUACCAACAGGAUUUCAUGCCCACCUUCAAGACACACGCUAACGGACACAUCCCAGCAGCGGAGAAUGCAGAGUACCUGGGACCAGACUGAGGACUUAGUGGAUACAGACGAGGAACUAAGAGACGUUUUCUGUUCUGUUAAAUGAGGGCAUUGAUGUCUUGGCUGGGAAAAGCAUAGUUAAGUGGUACCAUCGAUUAUCAUAUAUGUUGUAUCCUGUCUUAAGGAGUCAGGUGACACCUUGUGCAGCUUCCCGCGUUGCAUGCAGCCACGCAAACCCCCCUCCCGUCAUUCCAAAGAGUUUUAUACUUACCACCAAACUACAAACGGCUCUUUCUUGAUGAAAGCUGGACUGAAGCUGACGUGACUCAGUUGACCUGAGAGUUGCUGGACCAGACGUCGGGAAAGAAAGUGAAAGUCUAUUCUGAAGAAUUUCAGAAGUUGACAAAAAUGCCUCUUAAAUUUAAAAGGCCUCCAUUUUUUUUUUUAGGAGGAAGAAGCUCUACUGCAAAAAAAAAAGAGAGGAACUGGCAGCUCACACCAAAAAAAACAACCUAUGGUACAUGUGUUGCAAAAUCACAAGUCAGAUACGCAAUCAGUCAGCUGUAUUGAUGUUGGAACUCAAACACACAGUUGUGCUUUCAACUGACGCCGAUGUGACGCUUCAGAACAUUUUUUUGCGCCAAAGUCAAGAUGAUUAAAGGGAGGUUAAAGUAGGGAUGCACCGAUAUGGCAGCCAAACAUAUUAUAUUAUUAUUUAUAUUUUUGUUUUAUUAGCUGAUAUUUGGCUUGUUGACUGCUGUUUGGAAAAUGAUACUCACAGAUUGCAGGGGUUGAUGUGUAUGUGCACAUUCAUGAGUCACUGGCUCACGGCCUGCAUGCCACCAGUCUUUACGGCUGUGUAAGCACUGGCAGGUAACAGUGUAAAAAGGUUUUAUAGCAGCUACUUCAAAAAGGUAACUCCUUUUCACGUUAAAGAAGGUUCUAUAAAAGGUUAUUUAAAAUAGUUGUAUGAUCAAAUCAUGCUCUGCAAAGAUAGUAAUGAAGGGCUGAAAGUAAAACUGUAAAACUUGUUUUUUUUCCCCUUCAUAAUGAAGCCAUCUUGUUUCCCUGGCACAACAUGGGAAAUAAAUAACCAUAAAAGCUUUAAAAAAAAAAACAAAUAGUUGGCUGUCAGCUGUAUUCACAUGGCAACCAUUUUCAAAUCACACUCAGGGUGGGAAGCUCAAAUGCUACAUUCCGAGAGAUGAUUUAUUUCAGGAAUCUGACAAAUUGUCAUUUUGUUGCUUCCUGAUUGAUCAGAAACCAAAUACCAAGAGAUGGUGACUUAUUUGUCAAAUUACCUAAAUUUAUGCCUUGCAACCUGCGAAACAGUAGUAUGACAUAUGAGCUUCCAACCCGGAGUGUGACGUAAGAGGAAAAUGUCAUGUGAAUGUGAUCAGUCAGCCAAAUUGUUAUUUUUAACACUGGUCAUCGCCCUUAAUUUCACAUUCGGUGCAUCCCUACUUUCAAGGUUAAAAUGUGCUUGACUGUUGAGGCCCUCGGAGGCCUGACGACACUCAUCCUGAAGGACGAGUCAAUGAGGAAACAUAAUGUUGCAAUGUAUAGAAUGUAUAGUCAACGAAAAAGGGGAAUACUGUUGAACUGUAACAUUUGAACAUGUUACCUUUUAUGCUCUAAGACAGUUCUGUAUGUAUUACAAACUGGUCGCUACGAGACGUAGCGAUAAGAGAAUUUCCUGUGUCUCCUGAUGUGUGGUGUCACACUAACUAUGUAGAGAAUGUAACAGUAAACAUAGCAAAAUGUGAUUGUGGUCGUGUUCUGAAAACCUGUAGCAUGAAGCAUAUUUGUGUGGACCCACAAAGUUAGCUAAAGUCAUAGCCUUCUAUCAGUAUGGCACAUUAGUUUGUGUACCCAGGAAGUGUUUUACUGAUGAUGGUAUCUUUUUUUUUUUUUUUUAAAUCAGUGCACUCAGAGCUUGUCAACUUUUUACUGAUCAACACUCAGCGAAAGCAAAGCUAAAACGCUCGAUAGCAGCAGAGGGAUUAAAACCUCCACCUCCAAAUGCAUUUCAAUAAAGUUUUUACUAUUUUUUUUGUUUUGUUUUUUUACUCGAGAAAUGCUGGUUGAACUGUAUGGUCAUGUGAGUUAAAAUGUGAGUUAAAAUUUGCCCUAUGAACAUGAGUUGUUUUAUGACGGCUCACGUCGCAAACUGAGAAUGUUUCUGACAUUUGUGCUCUGAUGUAUCUUUAUCAUUACCUGGAGACUUUCCCCCGUCUGAUUUUCUUUUCUUUGUUUUUUUGUUUGUUUGUUUGUUUGUUUUUUUUGAUUUAACAAAAGUGUAGACUGUUGUUUCACACAGGGUGUUGACACCAUAUCUACCAAUCUGCUCCUAGCUUUAAAGUCUUGUAGUCUUGCAAGAGCAUUAACUUUUUCCAAUACUGUUCCUAGUUUUAAAGGAAUAUACUAUUGUAGCAAACCUGUAAGCCUCCUUUUUGCAGAUUUUACACAGGUACAUGUACAUAAAACAGUGAUUUAAUGCUGCAAUAUAAACCCCCCGAAUAGUCACCUAUAAUUUAUACUCAUUACACAGUUUUGUCACAUCAUACGUGAAUAUGCACUUAAUCUUGAUUGUGAUUAUUUCAUUCAAAAGUGAACAUGAAUAAAUCUCUUUUUUCUAUUGAAACACA